UAGAGUUUAUUUAUAUUCCGGAGAAAAGAAAGUCCCCAGUUUACACGCAAUUAAAAUCCAAAUCCCAUAGAUAGUUCCAGUUUGAAAGAGAUAUAUAGUCCACUACCCAUUUAAGCAUUGAAAAUUCUUUUCUUAAAAUUCAAAUACUUUACUUUUUCAACUCCAAGUUUUUGCCUUCCUUAGAAAUUAAGUAAUCAUCCAAGAUUCAAUUUUUCUGCUACAAUCGAUCUCCCCAGGGUUAAGAAACUGAUGGCAACGGCGACUAUCGCCACUGCAGCAGGUGCUGCUGCUCUAUUAUAUUAUACGUUAAAUAAGAAGUUGCAAUCUGCUCCAACAACGGAUGAUGACGAGGAGGAAUGUGGCAGCAGUAGCCAAGAUCAUGCUCAACUAGGAAUUAAUAGGGUUUCCAAUAGACUUAUACAGGCCCCUGCUACGUGGUUAGAGACAAUCGCGACAUUAUCUGAGACUCUUAGGUUUACUUACUCGGAGACCCUGGGCAAGUGGCCUAUUGGUGACUUGGCUUUUGGCAUCAGUUUUCUUUUGAAGCAGCAGGGGAACAUACAUAUUAGUAGCAUAUUCUGUGGCGAAGACAGUACCCAGUUACAAGGUUCUGAUAUUGUUGCAGAGCUUAAAUUCCUCUUACACUUGUUGACAGUUUGUUGGCAUUUCUCCAAAAAGCCUUUCCCAUUAUUCUUGGAGGAGACAGGCUAUUCUCAAGAAAGUGUACUACUUCAAGAACCCAAAGCUGGAAUUCUGAAGCCAGCUUUUACAAUACUCGCGGACCACCGAUCAAAAUCUUUCUUCCUUGUAAUCCGUGGAACUCAUAGUAUUAAAGAUACUUUGACAGCUGCUACCGGUGCAGUUGUGCCUUUCCAUCACACUAUGGUACACGAGGGAGGAGUUAGCAAUUUGGUGUUAGGCUAUGCGCAUUGUGGAAUGGUUGCAGCUGCUCGAUGGAUUGCAAAACUUGCAACGCCUUGUCUUCUUAAAGCACUUAGUAUUUAUCCCGAAUACAAACUUAAGAUUGUGGGACAUUCUUUGGGUGGAGGAACUGCAGCUCUUUUAACUUAUAUACUUCGUGAGCAGAAGGAACUGUCGGCAGCUACCUGUGUAGCAUUUGCACCAGGAGAAAGUCACAACAACUUUUUGUUAAUAGCUUCUGGAAGCUUGUUCUUUGUACCAACAUUUCACCUCUGCUUCUAAUACCUCUUUAGUUGUGAAGUAUGGUCUCUCAAGAGGGGGGUGUUUUUCUUCUUGUUGCAGGUGACAGCAUCUGCUUGGUUGAACGAUCUAAGAAAUCAGAUUGAGCACACUAGGAUUCUUAGUACUGUUUAUCGUUCUGCAUCAGCCCUGGGAUCUCGUCUUCCAUCAAUUGCUACCGCUAGAGCUAAGGUUGCUGGUGCUGGUGCAAUACUACGGCCUGUUUCCAGUGGAACACAGGUUGUCAUGAAGAGAGCACAAAGUAUGGCCCAGGCAGCAUUGUCGCGACCUGCCAUGCAAUUGUCGUCAUGGUCAUGCAUUGGUCCCAGACGUCGAGCCACAAAUGUUCAGGUUAAUUCCGAUGAACAGCCAAACUCUGGUGAAACUUCUUCCAGCCAAAAUUCUGGAACAUUCCUUCUGGAAUCCGAGGAGACCAGAUGUACGACUGUGAUGGAGCUUCCUGUAUCUUCAACCGAUGGAAUUACUUGGAACUCAGAAAUUGAUCAGUCUGUUGCAGAUGGGAUCAAUAGCCAUAAUGGCCUGGAUCCCGAUCUUGAUGAUAGUGAACAUGUGGCCGAUGACAGACCUGAAGACCGAAUGACGGAAGUUGAGAUGUGGCAACAACUAGAGCAUGAACUGUAUGAUCAGUCUGAAGGUGAAACUGAUGUUGCCAAGGAGAUUAGGGAAGAAGAAGCAGCAGCGAUCGCAGAGUCAGGUCAGAGCUCAAGUGAAGGCUCCGUUCCAAACACAAAAGAGGUGCACAGAUUCUUUCCUCCUGGAAAGAUAAUGCAUAUUGUGACUCUCCUUUCUGAAGAAGAAGAUCGUGAAAGUGACAGCGACAUGUUGUGUGAGGAUCAUAACCAACCCAAGGAUACAAAGGUUGGAAUAUUUCUCACUCCUAGAUCACUAUAUAGUAAAAUAAGGUUGUCACAAACUAUGAUCAGUGAUCAUCUCAUGCCGGCUUAUAGAAAGCAGAUAGAGAAACUAAUUAGGGACCACGAGAAUGACGAUGCUCGUGUCAGAUUAAAUGAAACCUGACCAUUAAGUUGUCAAGUGAAAUGUUGUUCGUGAAUGGCAUCAGAAAGAGAACUCGAGAUUAGGCCCUGUGUUGGAUCGAAAAUUUUGAUAUGGUGAUACUUUUCACGAUUGUAGAGUUAGUGAUCAAUGGCUGCAGCCUCCUCCUCAGGGGAUGCUUACUGAUGGUAUACUCUUAGCUUAUUGUGCCUAAACCUUGACACAGACUUGAAGGUGUUUAGAUUGCUGUAUAUAUCCUGAAGACGUCUUAUUCUUUUGUCAAUGAAAUGAAACUGUAACUAUUAAUUUGGCCUUUAUGCUUCCUUUUGUAC